AUGCCUGGGAUUGCAGUAUCACCCAUUCUCAGACCCAUCGUGUCCUCUCCCGCUCAUACUGAGACUACGGAGGCUCCUAAAACGUUUCUGGGGCUUGUUUCUCGCUCUUCCGAUGCGAACUCCGACCCAGCCUCGGAUCCUAACUCGCAGAACGAUGGUGUGAUCAAUUACUACUUCCUCUUCUUUGCUGUGUUUGGUGUCUUGAUCGCUGUGCUACUCUGGUGGUUCCAGAAAAGGCGCCGACAGCGGAAAGAGCAGCUGAGAAUGAGUGGUCGAAAUGCUCUAGCCCAGGACAUGGAAGGCUGGGUGAAUACUCGAAGAUGGUUUCACGGUACCUGGAGACCUAACCAGACCGCUGCGAUUGUCAGACAGGAAGAAGGACUCAACGAACAAGGAGAGGCCCCCCCGCCGUACCAGUCAAAUAGUAGCGAUAUCACUGUAUCUCAUCAUCAAGAGGCUAUUGACGGGCUAACAAUACCGCUUGGUGCAGUGACAAGGCAAGACUAUGAAGAAGGCAGACUGCCAGGAUAUGGAGAGAAUGCGAAUGUUGAACAGACUUCGAAUACAUAUUCCGGCGUGUCAGAUCAUACGCCAUCUGCAACUCGCAAAAUGACGGAACAUGAUAACUCGAGGCAAGGCCUCUAG